AUUUGUGUGAAUUAUAAAAAAUAUUAACCUUAAUUUUGUUCCCUUUUUUAAUCCACUGACACAAGGCUUCAGGUUCAGGGCAAAUAUGGCUACAGGAACAAGUGAGUCCACCGAAACAAGUAUUCAGCUUGAAAGCAAACAAAUGGCUACAGAAAAUUACAAGAUCUUCAAUGACUCUGUCCAUGGCCAUAUCAGGCUGCAUCCCCUGCUGGUUAAAAUCAUUGACACACCAGAGUUUCAGCGUCUGAGAAAUAUCAAGCAGCUAGGAGGCGGCUAUUUUGUUUUUCCAGGAGCUUCUCACAACCGCUUUGAGCAUUCCAUCGGUGUGGCUCAUCUAGCAGGAGAACUUGUGCGGAGUCUGAGAGGUCAUGGAGAGGAGAUAACUAAACAAGAUGAACUCUGUGUUCAGAUUGCAGGAUUGUGUCAUGACCUGGGUCAUGGCCCUUUCUCUCAUGUAUUUGAGACCUUCAUGAAGGAGGCAAAGCCAGAAUUAAAUUGGAAGCAUGAACAAGCAUCAAUCAAAAUGUUUGAACAACUGAUCAAUAACAGAAUGAAUGGCAAAACAAUUAAGGAAAUCAUGGAUGGAUAUGGACUUGAUGAACAAGACAUUAUGUUUAUCGAGGAGCUCAUCUUUGGCCCAAAUCCACCUACUGAGAGGAACAAUCAACUGCCAAUGCAACAUGCAGAUCCAAAUUGGUGCUACAAAGGAAGACCAAAGGAGAAGUCCUACUUGUAUGAGAUUGUGGCCAAUAAAACCACAGGUAUCGAUGUCGACAAAAUGGAUUAUUUCAGUAGAGAUUGCCUCCAUCUGGGAAUGAAAAGCAACUUCUCCCAUGAGCGCUACAUGACGUUUGCACGGGUUUGCACCACUGAGAACAACGAAAAGAAGAUCUGCAUGAGAGAUAAGGAAGCACUGAAUAUGUACGAACUCUUUCACGUUCGCUACCUGCUUCACCAAAACGCCUACCAACACAGGGUUACAAAAGCAAUUGAAAGGAUGAUUAUUGAUGCACUUUUGGCAGCUGAACAUGCAGACUUUAAGCUGGAUGACAAGAAAAUCUCUGAGACUGUAUCUGACAUGAGAACAUACCUGAAACUCACAGAUAACAUUCUUGAUGAUAUUAAACAUGAUGUUUCACCACAAAAUGCAAAUGCAAAAGAGAUCAUUGAGAGAAUUGUGAGACGCGAUCUUUACAAAUUCGUUGAUAGCAAACUAUACGGAAAGUUUAAUUUGAAACUGGUGGCUAGAUCUCAAAGGUGGCUAGAUCUCUUUGGAGAUCUGGUGGCUAGAUCUCAAAGGUGGCUAGAUCUCUUUGGAGACUUCAGAGUCACAGUAAUUAACUUUGAUUACGGGCAGGGAGAGAACAAUCCCAUCGAUUCUUUGUGGUUCUAUAGAAGAGACAAUGUCAGGAAAGCCAUAACGCUGAGUCCAGAUGAGGUCUCUUUCAUUAAGCCAGCAGUCUUUCAGGAAGCCAAGGUCUUUCGGUUCUACACGAAAAGCACUGCCCACGGCCUAAAUGAUGAGCAGCUUGACGAGUUAUGGCACAUAAUAGAAAGAAGAAACCAGCACCAGCAAGACAAUUGAAUGAGAAUUUAAAAGCACUAGAUUGUGUGUGUUCAGAUAAUCGGUGAUUUCCUAUAUUUAGUCAUUGAGUAAACGUCAAUAUUUUUACUUACUUUUCACUCACAAGAUUAGAGUUCCAUAUAUACAUCAUGUAAACAACUUUCUUUAAAAAAUGAUCAGGCAAACAAUUAGGCCACAGGUGGAUGGAUUAUCCUUAAAAAGUGAAAGUAAUUUAUGCACAAGAGCCAAUAUAGUUUGGUUUAUUCCUGUACAGACACUGCUAAUAGUGUAGUGGUGUGUACAAAAAAACACAAAAUUUUCGGAAAAAUAACAGUGCUAAAAAUGUUUACAGGAAAAACAAGUAGGAAUAAUGUGUUCUUUACAUACUGAUCUUUAUUUUUACAAUAAUCAUAGGUUUGAAUUAAGGAUAUUAUUGAUUUAUGUAGGUCUUUUUUUUACACUUUGCUUAAACUUGGGUUCUCCUCAUUAUAAACCCGGAUUUACCCCCAGGUUGAGAAAUGUUUUAGUUUGAUAUAAAAAGAAAAUUUGUCAACUAUGUGACUUUUUUUAACUUUAAAAACACUACCUAUAAUCAUCUCUAUUAUUUUAAUGGUGGAUUGUCCUAAAAAUGCCUUUUGCUGUUUUCAAAAUGUAACUAUAGGUCUCUUCAAUAUACAUGAUAGAAGGAUGUACUGUACAAGCAGCUUUAUAAAUAAACAUAAAUUUUUAGAGGGUGUUAUGGGGAUUCUUAAAAUAAAUUCAAUAAAAACUUAUUCAAUUA